UCUCUAUCUUUUUCUGUGUGUGUGUGUUUCAAAAUAAAUUGCAGGAGAUUUUGGAAUGCAAACUAUUCCGGCCAUUACCCAUCUCCCCUUCCAAAUUUAACAUUCCUUCCCAAAAUAUCCCUCCUCCUAAAAUAUUCCUCCUCUUAUAACUCCCCUCUGCCUCUCUUCCCCUUUUAUAUCCCUCUCGCCCCUUCUCUUCCCAAACUCUCUCUUUCUCUCUCUAAAUCUCUGUCUUCUCGGCGAUGACGGCGCCCAACAUAGAGAUGAUAGCAGCGUCGCUGAGGAACUGCUCUCUGGGGAGAGGAAACAGGGGAGCGGCGGCGGCGGCGGCGUCCCCGCCGCUGCCGCGGCGCCUGGUAGAGGAGGAGGAGGAGGAGGAGGAGGAGGAGGAGGGGGCGGGGGUGACGGUGGAGCUGAACUCGGAGUUGCCCCUCCCGUACCAGUGGGAGCAGUGUCUCGACAUGCGGACAGGGGAAGUAUACUACGUCAACUGGGAGACCGGCACCAGGACGACCGAGGACCCCCGGACCUUCUCCACGGCCUACGUAACGAGCUACUGCUCGGAGGAAGAAGAAGAAGAAGAUGAUGAUGAUGACGAAACCUCCGACGAGGACAGCACCUCCGGCGACGGCAAGGAUGACAGCGGCGAGCCCAGCUACUCCUCCGGUGCCUACUCCGGUCUCUCCUCCAUUUCUUCCUCUUCCCCGGGAGAGACCGCCACCAGCUCCGACGAACCCUACGGCGGCCGCGGAGGCGGCCAGAUCCUCGUUGCCGCCGGCUGCAAGUCCUGCUUCAUGUACUUCAUGGUCCCCAAGCGCAUUGAGGACUGCCCCAAGUGCGGCGGCCUCCUCCUCCACCUCGGCCGCAAUGGUUGCAUCUAAAAUUGUUGAAUUUUGGCUCGAAUUAGUGGAAAAAAAAAUCGUUUUUUUAAGCCAAAAUGUCAUUUUCCCCCCCUUCUCCUCCUCCUCCUCCCCUGUUUCACUCUCCUCCUCCUCCUCCUCCUCUUCUCCCCCCAUCUAUACCCAGCUGUGAAUCAUAGAGAUAAAUCUAUAAACAAAGAUAAAUAAUCUCUUUUUCUAUGACAAUUAUUUUAUCCAAUGCUGUGUUUAUAGAUUACUGUAUGAUUUACAGUGAAUUUUUUGAUAGUAGAAAAAAUAUUCUCUCUGCUUUUGUUUU